AUGGACAAGGGCGAGGACGCACCUACAGCUUCAAAGUUUCCAAAGCAGCAACGGGAAGAUGUCUUCUCACCAAAAGAGCAAAUUCGACGGUUUCGAGAGGACGGAUCUGUGGCCGAGGAGCGACGCGGAGGUGCCCACAUCAAUGUUCCCGUCCUAGUCUAUCAUGGAGGAGGCUUCGUCGGAGAUCGCCUGUACGAGCCAUGGUGGUCGGAUUGGCUACUCGAGCUCGCCUUAGCGCAGAGCGCCAUGAUCGUGGCGCCUGACUAUCGUCUCCUCCCAGAGGCCACCGGCGCCGACAUCAUGGACGACAUGGACGCAUUCUGGACAUGGUUUCUCAGGAACACAGCGCCAAGCGCCGGAGGAACGAUUGCGUCGCAUUCCGCUCUUGAACGCCCUGACGCGGCUGUUAAAGCUGUCGUGUCGCUCUAUGGGCCGCUCUACGGCAAUGUUCCAGGGCUCAAGAUGUCGCGGCCAAGAAAGAUUCUAGGAUCGAUGCCUCCUCCGCCACGACAAGCAGAAGCCAAUAAUAUUCGAUCGUAUAUUCAGCGUACCAAGGUUGCGGUUCGAACGCAUGGAGACGUACUGGAGAUGUGGGGGUUGUUCGCAUGUAUUUUACAACAGGGUCGGCUGCCAUGA